UACAAAAUUAAACAAAUAGUAAGAAAUGGGUAAAAAAAAAAGUUGAAAAUGUAAUUUUUGGUGUUAGCAUUGAGCCGGCAAACGCUACUUGUACUAAAAUGUCCUAAACUGGACUUCGUGCAGUUCCACGAGUGCCAAGUACAGUUACAGUAACAUUCUGUGAAAAUACCAAACUUUUUAAUUUUGACAUUCUGAAGUAAAAAUUACUAUAAGCUAUCAUAAUUAAUAAUUUAAAAUAUUUAAUAAAUAUAUAAAAAAAUUAUAAAUAAUAAAUAUCCCUAAAAAAAAUAAAAAAUCCAAGGAGUAAAGAUUUUGAUACAUGGACGUCCCUCACUCAAGUAUUAGCUGGCAUAACUCACACAAAGUGAAAUUUCUCAUCUAAACCCUCCUAAAACCUCCCAUUCAAGCCUUGCUAGAUUUAUGACCCUCCUUCUAACUUCCCUGGGAAAUUCAAACCAACAACAAAGUUAGUGAAUUUUAUGAUAUAAUUCAUUCAUCCUCUUCAUUCAAUGGCAAGUAAUAUUCAACACCCAUUUUAAUUCUUGUUUUCUCUUUUUUCCUUUCACCCAUUUAAUAUCUCUACACUUUCUUCACUAAUUAAAACAUCAAAGUUCUUGAAUUUCCUCAAAUUAUAUCAUGAGUUUCAACUUCAUUCCUCUAAAAAUAAUGUUUCUUUUUCACUAAUUACAUACACAAGUAUAGAAAAUAGGUUGAGAUACAAAAAGGGUAUAAAGAAAAAUACCUAAUUAAUUCUAAUACCCAUUUUGAUUCUUAUUUUUCUUUUUUGUUUCCUUCACCCAUUUACCAUAUCUACCCUUUUUUCUCAGUCUCUUGACUAAUUAAAAUAUCAUUGUUCUUGGGUUUUCUCUAUUUCUCAGAAUGUAUCAGGAGUUUCAGCUUCAUUCAUGGUAAAGAUUGUUACUUUUUCACAAAUUACAUACAGAAAAAUAGGCUGAGAUUAAAAAAAAAAAGGGUAUAAAGAAAAUUAAUAAAUUCUAAUACCCAUGUUUGCAUAAUUUUCUUUUAUAGGUGUUUUUUAAUAAAUAUCUGGUGAUAGUUCAGGUAGGAAAUAAAGUUCAGGUAGGAAACUUGCAAAAAACUGACAGUUCAGGUGUGUUUUUGACCAUUAUCUCUAUUCUCUUUCACUCCUAAAUGAGCCAAAGAAUCUUCCUUAUGAAGUCUUUGUCAAUAUUUAAAGCACAAUGCCAAUAUUCAAUCAGUUUUUCAUCCAUUGCUUACAAGUCUUUUGAUAUCAAGACUUUAAUUGUAUCACUUCAAUCAAGUGCUAAUGAAAAAAACAUCAUAGGAGGGAAACAAAUCCAUUGCCAUAUGCUUAGAUGUGGCCAUUUGAAUUUAUCUCCAAUGCCUACAACUAGCCUUAUUAACAUGUACUCGAAAUGCAACUCGAUAUCCAAUGCGUUAUCGGUAUUCUUUACUUCACCACUUGAUCAUAAUGUGUUUGCUUAUAAUGCUAUAAUAGCAGGGUUAAUUGCCAAUGACUUGCCUAAAAGAGUUUUUGAAUUCUAUUUCCAAAUGAGGGUUGUUGGUGUCAUGCCUGAUAAAUUCACUUUCCCUUGUGUGCUUAAGGCUUGUAUAAAUGAAGUAGAUGUGAAAAAGAUUCACGCGUUGGUUUUUAAACUCGGGCUAGAGGAUGAUUUGUUCAUCGGUAGUGCGUUGUUGCAUAGUUAUUUGAUGUAUGGGUUGGUGGAUUUUGCGUUAGAUGUGUUUGAGGAUUUACCGGAGAGGGAAGAUGUUGUGCUCUGGAAUGCCAUGAUAAAUGGCUAUGCACAAACAGGUGAGUUUGGUAGUGCUUUGAUGGUUUUUAGGUGGAUGAUUGAGGAUGGGGUUGUUCCGAACAAGUUUAGCAUAACGGGCGUACUUUCAGCUCUGGCAAAUUAUGGGGAAUUUUAUAAUGGAAAGGUGAUACAUGGGUUUGUGAUAAAAAUGGGAUUUGAUUUGGGGGUUGCUAUUUCAAAUGCAUUAAUAGACAUGUAUGGUAAAUGUAGUUGUGUUGCUGAUGCUUUCGAGGUUUUUGAGAUGAUGUAUGAUAAGGAUAUAUUUUCAUGGAACUCGAUAAUUUGUGUGCAUGAACAAUGUGGUGAUCACGAGGGAACACUGAGGGUUUUCAAAAGGAUGUUGUCCGCUGGAGUUCGUCCUGAUUUGGUGUCUGUCACCACUACACUUCCGGCUUGUGCUCAUUUAGCUGCAUUGAGGCAUGGUAGGGAGAUGCAUGCAUACAUGAUAGUUAACGGUCUGAGGAAAGAUGCUGCUGACAAAGAAUACAAUGAUACUUACAUUGACAAUGCAAUUUUGGACAUGUAUGCCAAAUGUGGAAGCAUGCGUGAAGCUCAGCUGAUCUUUGAUACGAUGAAUUUCAAAGAUGUAGCGUCGUGGAACAUUAUGAUUAAGGGGUAUGGCAUGCAUGGAUUCGGCGUCAAGGCGUUAGAAUUGUUUUGUGAUAUGUGUAAGGCAGAAUUGAGGCCUGACGAUGUCACGUUUGUUGGGGUUUUGUCGGCUUGCAGCCAUUCAGGCCUUGUAAAACAGGGGAGAGAAUUUCUUGCACAAAUGCAGCCGAAGUACGGCGUUGUGCCUUCUAUUGAACAUUACACCUCUGUGAUUGACAUGCUAGGUCGUGCUGGGCAGCUUGAAGCUGCUUAUGAGUUGUUAUUAACAAUGCCUAUUAAGGCCAAUUCUGUAGUAUGGAGGGCAUUCUUGGCUGCCUGUCGUCUCCAUGGUAAUUCUGAUCUAGCUGAGGUUGCUGCAAAUCAGGUACUUGAUCUUGAACCAGAGCAUUGUGGAAGUUAUGUCAUAUUAUCAAAUGUUUAUGGACAGACUGGUCGCUAUGAAGAGGUUUUAGAGGUACGAGAUGCAAUGAAGCUACAAAAUGUAAGGAAGACACCUGGUUGCAGUUGGAUUGAACUUCGCAAUGGUGUCCAUGUCUUUAUUACUGCUGAUAAGUCACAUCCUGAAGGAAACCUUAUUUAUGCUGGAUUGAAUUCUUUAACUGCUCGAUUGCGUGAGCAUGGUUAUACACCUGAAUCUGAUGCCUUGGAAAGCAGUCCAUGAUAUUUCAGACUUAUUCUCCGUCGUCCUGGAUGAAUAUUCCUGAAGGACAGGUUGAAAUGUACAUGCUGAUGCUUUGAAAACUUGCAGAUAGACUUUCCAUUGAAAAAUGAAAAGUGUGCUUUUCAAUUUUGGAGCAAAAGUUACCGUAUUUUCAUUUUUUUCGAUAUACGAGUCCCAUGUGCACUCUAGAUUUCCAUCUGGAUCUUGCAACUGGAAGCUUGUUGGUGCCCGCCAUUUUGCAGCAUCUGCUCUAACCAGGGGGGUAUUUAAUGCAACUAAGGACUAUGCUUCUCUUUUUGAUGGAGAUGGUCAUGGAACGGAGACCAGGUAGAAGAAUUCCAACCUCUUUGUGAAGUUUAGAGUGACAAGGCAACGAUUGAAGUAACAAGUCGUUGCAAAGGAAAAAUUUGUCAAAUUCUUCAUGUUCCUGCUAACAUCGUCAAGAUAACAAAAGAACUGUCACUGCUACUGCAAUUCGCUAAGAUAAAUAAGCUUAGUCCUGAUGAUAUAUCAGGGGAACUAUUACUCUUAAGCAAUAUUGGAGGAAUUGGUGGAAAGCUUGGUUCCGCGCUUAUAUAUUCACCUGAAGUUGCCAUCAUAGGAAUGGGCCAGAUCCAGAAAAUUCCGCACUUUGCUGAAGAUGGGAAUGUAUAUCCUGCAUCAGUCGUGACGGUAUGAUGUAAUUUAAAGAUCUCCAUGAGGGACCCUUCUCACAUUGUUAUAAUCAUCUACCUGUGCAAUGCAUCAAAACCAGGCGCGUCCAUGAAAAAUGUUUCAGUAUCUCAUAUAGGACGGUGUUGUUCUUUUCAGAUAAAUAUAGGUGCAGAUUAUAGAGUUCUUGAUGGAGCACCUGUUGCAAAGGUUCUACAAUGAGUGGGAAAAAUUUGUGGAAAUGCCGGACCUCUUUUGCUGUGUACAAGAUAAAUUCUCGUAUCCGAAAGUCUCAAGUUCGAAUCCCAGCAGAGACAAAAAAUACUAGGUGAUUCCUUCCCAUCUGUCCUAGCCUUGGUGGGCAGAGUUACUUGGUACUUGUUGCUGGUGGGAGGUGGUAAGUAUCCGUGGAAUUAGUCCAGCCGCGUGCAAGUUAGCUCGGACACCAUGGCUAUCCAAAAAAAAAAAAAAAAGUUCUCGCAUCCGAAAGUUGAUCAGAAAUAAUGUUCGUCUAUUCCAAGCCAAAGGCUGAUUUUGGCCUUCCUUCUCAUUAUUUUGUUGGUAUAAAGAUCAUUUGCAGCCUAUAGGUGUCCUGAAAGCAAGAAUCACUAAUCUAAUAAGAUCAAGGCAGUGUUAGCAUGCAAUGUGCUGUUGUACUUGGAGAAGAAAAAAAGGAGAAAUAUUGUUACAGAGACUAUUCUUCUUGAUGAUAAGCAUUUGUUUUAAAAUUAAA